AUGACGAAAAAACGCCGUAAUAAUGGACGAAGCAAACAUGGUCGUGGUCGCGUUCGUCCAGUCAAUUGCACAAAUUGUCGGCGUUUAGUACCAAAAGAUAAGGCCAUUAAAAAAUUAAUUAUUCGAAACAUUGUCGAACAGGCAGCUGUUAAGGAUAUAAGUGAAGCCAGUAUUUAUACAAAAUAUAUUUUACCAAAACUUUAUUACAAAUUACAUUAUUGUGUUUCAUGUGCUAUUCACAGUAAAGUUGUACGUAAUCGUUCUAGAGAAGCACGUCGUAUCCGUCAACCACUUUUACGUCCUCAUCAAGCUCGUCAACCAGGUACAACUGGUGGCCAAGGUAAUACCGGUGCAGCUGGUCAACGCGCUGGCAACAAAGAACCAUUACAACCAACUAAUAUUCCUGUUUCUAAAACAUAA